AUGCCGUCCUCCGCCGCCUCUCGCCGUCGCGGCCGCAACGAGCCUCCGCCCCCGGCGCCGCAUCCGGAGCCGGUCGAGCAGGAGAUGGGUCCCGCAGCGGUGCCGCGACUACCUCCGCCCGCUGUCUUCGCUGGAAAGCUCGACCCGGCCCCGGACACGGCGCCGGUCGAGCGCGCCAGGGGCCCCGUAGCGGCGCCGUGCCUGCCGCCGCCCGCCAACUUCGCGCGCAUGCCCGGACCCGCCCCGCGCGUCGCUUCUUCCCCAAGCCCUAGCCCUCACAAGCUCCAGGCUCGUCCCCCGACACCGCCGCCGCCCUCCUCCUCCUCCUCCUCCUCUAGGCGCCGCCGCCGCAAGGCGAGUGAGGACCAGGAGGCGAGGGACUGGGCGUCGCUGCCGCGGGACGCGCUCGCGGAUGUCCUCCGCAAGCUCGGCCACAUCGAGAUCCUCAUGGGCGCCGGCCAGGCGUGCCGCUCCUGGCGCCGCGCCGCACUGGAGGACCCCUUGCUGUGGCGCCGCAUCGACAUGCGCGGCCACGCCGACCUAUUCAACCAGGUCAACCUCCACGGGAUGGCGCAGGCCGCCGUCCGCCGCCGCGGCCAGUGUGAGGCCUUCUGGGGCGAGUACGCUGGCAACGACGCCUUCCUUCUAUUCCUAGCUCAGCAGGCACCAUCUCUUAAGAGCCUUCGCCUCAUAUCUUGCUAUGAUGUCUCCAAUGAAGGGUUUGCAGAGGCAAUAAAGAAGCUUCCUCUGCUUGAGGAGCUUGAGCUUUCACUUUCUAGCAAUGUAUUUGGGCAGGAAGUGUUCGAGACUGUUGGAAAAUCAUGUCCGCAACUCAGGCGCUUCAGACUCAGUAAACAUGGCUUCUGCAGCUUUGAAGCUGCUGACUACAACAUGGAUGGGGAAGCCCUGGGGAUAGCAAAUAUGACUGAACUACGCUCCCUGCAGAUCUUUGGCUGUAGCUUCACCAAAUUUGGGCUGAAAGUAAUCUUGGACAGCUGCCACCACCUGGAGUCCCUUGACAUACGCCAUUGCUUCAAUGUUGAAAUGGACAACAUCCUCCGAGCACAGUGUGCUGGUAUCAAGACUCUGAGACUUCCCGAUGACUCAAUUGAUGAUUACGAGUUCGUAGUUGCGGCUCCUAUCUGGGACGAUCACUCCCAGAGUGAGGAUGACUCUGAUGGUGACUACAUGGGGUCCGAUGUUUACUAUGAGCUGGACACCGAGCUCGACGACGACGACGAUAUCUAUGAUCCUUCGAACUACAUUGAUGGUAUGGACAAAGAUGAUGAAGAAGCUAGGAUGAUCCUGAGGAGUUUGUGGGCGCUCAUGAAAUGAAACAUAUCUGCAUGCUGUGAUGGAAGUGCCAGAUGCUGGCCUCAAUUGCUCAAGUUUCUGCAUAUUUGUCUUCAUUGGGCGCCGUCCAUCCUUCACUGCUUUUUGCUGGUGCAAUGGACUAUAUAUUCUUUGUUUCACUUUUUAAUCAGUGCUUUGAUUAGUUUGUGCAUGUUCCUGGCUUGAUGAAGCCGAAGAUCCGUUGUUUAAUCCUCAGUGCUUUGCUUAGUCUGUGCAUGUUCGUGAAAUGAAUUACGUGUGAAUGCUGUUGCCUUUGCUGGUAUGAGUCCUUGAAAUGAA